CCAAAAGGCUUAAUUAUGAACAGCACAAAUCAUUCAAUCACAUACUGAAGUGCAUUUAAAGGUAUAAUGGAAAUUAAAGUUUUGCAAUUACUAACUACUUUGGUGGAAUUACUGACUAUUUGGUGGAGGAGAAAGGAUAAGAUAGUAAAACAGUGGAGCUGUGUUAUAACUUGUAAGGUUGCGGCAAAGUUCCCCUUUUCUCGAUUUCUCCAGAAUCUACUCUGAGAAACCCUAACAAAAAAAAAAAAAAAAAAAAAACUGAGUGUACGAGGAUAUCUGAAACAGUGGCAAUCGCCACCCAAAAAAUGGUGGAUCUUCCGCCGGAAGUAAUCACGGAGAUAAUCUUCCGCCUGCCGGUGAGCUCCCUCCUCCGAUUCCGAUCGACGUGCAAGUGGUGGCGGUCCCUGAUUGACGCCACCCAUUUCAUCUUCUCUCACCUCAACAAAUCCAUCGAGUCCAAUUCCAACAUCAAAAUCAUUAUCCGGAAGCACAGCGAUCUCUACCAGAUCGAAUUGGACUCCCUCGAAAAAGUCGUUGAGCUCAACCACCCGCUCAUGUGUUACAGCAACCGCAUCAAGGUUUUGGGUUCCUGCAACGGCCUCCUCUGCCUCUGCAACAUCGCCGAGGACAUCGUCAUGUGGAACCCUUCAAUUCGAAAGCAUCGGAUUCUGCCGGCGGUGCGCCUCAACCGUGGCGAAGAAACCUCCCUCUUCGCGGCAAGGGUUUAUGGACUUGGAUACGAUUCCCUCACCGGUGACUAUAAACUGGUGAGGAUUUCGUAUUUCGUUGAUCUUCAUAAUCGCACUUUCGAUUCUCAAGUCAUGCUCUUCAGUUUGAGAAUGGAUUGUUGGAAAACCCUUCCGAGCAUGCCUUAUGCUCUCUGUUGUGCACGGACCAUGGGUGUUUUCGUUGGCGGUGCCUUGCACUGGGUAGUUACGCGAAAGCUCGAACCAGAUCAACCAGAUCUGGUUGUUGCUUUUGACCUCAGGGGUGAGAGUUUCAGGGAAGUGCCUCUGCCAGUGGCCGUGAAGGGGAGUUUUGAAAUGGAAGUGGCACUGUUCGGAGGGUGCCUUUGUGUGAUUGAGAAUCGAGUUAGCACACUGUUUGAUGUUUGGGUUAUGACAGUGUACGGAUCACAAGACUCGUGGUGUAAACUUUUCACUGUAAAACUACCCUCUGACUUGAGACCCAUAAAAUCUGUGAAGCCUUUGGCUUACUCUAGAAAUGGGGACAAGGUUCUCCUGGAACAGGACCGUUGCAAGCUCAGUUGGUAUAACCUCAAAAGGGAAGAUUUGAGUCACGUUGAAAUACCAGGAAUGCCCAAAAAAAUUGAAGCCACGGUUUAUGUGGGAAGCCUUGUCCCACCAGCUUUACUAAGUCAAACUGAUGGUAGCAAGCACCAGAAAUUGGGAGAUGAAAAGACAAGGAAGAGAAGGGAUGACUUUCUGUCCCAGGGAUUCAAAUUGACGUUGUAAGCGAGCAAAACGAGGAAACGGUACAUAGCUGAAACUGGUUUGUCGUGUGAAUUGAUACCUUGUUGAGUUUGCUAAAAUUGGUGGCCUUGAAAAAUAGAUACCGUGCAUAUACUGCAUCAUGCCGUUCCUUUUAUUCGCAGGACAAGUCUGGCUAUCUGUUGUAUGAUCGUUUAGACACCCUCUUAACCCCACUUGAGAGAAAAUGCGAUGUAAUAAUGUUCAAACUUUUGAUUGCCUCAUUAGGUAGUUUAUGCACGUAUGUGUUAUGGAAAUGAAUCCUCUCAUCAUUUAUUUAACAUUACCAUAUUAUGUGAGAAAAUUAUAAACAUAUAAAGUGAAUCAACACGGUGAUGAUUUUAUAACUAUUUAUUCUAAUAUAUAUAUUUUUUAUUAUUGAUUCACCUUUCUAUAUUGAUUCACUUUUUUAUGAUUAUGAUUUUUUCAAAUGACAUGAUUAUGUUAAUUAACACAUGAGAGAGGACCAUUUCUAGUUGUAGGCACCCUUAUACAAGCCACUGUAAUACAUAAAUCUUACAUAUGGUUUUACAUGAAUGGUUUUUUCUGUUGGAAGAAAGUGCGUUUGCUUACUAAAAAAAAAGUGAGUUUUGUUUCAAGGAGUCAACACGUAUUUUUAGCGUGGGAAGGUUCAACUAAGGAUUUGGCACUAUUUCCUAUUACUGGAGAUGGUCCUACGAAUAUGACUUCGUUUGGGAUACUAGAAGAGUUAUUUCUGAUGAGACUGAGGCCAUGUCGAUUGCUUGUAACAGCUGCAAAUCUGUUGAGGAGUUGGUAGGUCCAAAUAUUAUUAGGAAUGUUUGCUCAAAUUUCCUAAUUCUAUGUUUGUUUGAUUGUUAAAUAUUACUGAGAAUUUAGGGUAAUUUUACAAAAUUACCUUUUAUAAUUAUUUUCAUUCAGAACUUUUUAAAAAUUGAAGCGAACGUCUAUAUCUCUUGGUUUAUACUGAAAUUGAUGAGGUGGACGCUAUUAUUUCCUUGGAAAGCUUCGAGAAUGGCUUUGAGAUAGUAACCAGAAAAAUAUGAAUCUUCAAAAGGCUUCUUCUUGUCUGAUUAGUCUGGUGGAAGAGGUAAGGAUUCGAAAUUGGAGAGCAUGGUUUCAAGCCAGUUUCCGAUGUCAGAAGGGUUGUAGUGGAUGGUUUCUGAUGAGAGUUGGGUGAUGUCGUCUUGAACGCUUCCCAUGGCUUCUUCGAGCUGUUCAAGCUUCUGUUCAACUUCCACCAUGUCCGAUAUUCUCACCUUGUAAAAUAUUCGCGAACA